AUGUCAUUGGGGAAAUCCCCUGUGUUGGGGGUGCGCCCUGUGCCCCGACCCUUCUUGCUGUCCCACCUCAGCCUGCUAUGCCUAUGUGUGUCCCUCUUUGCCCAGGCUCCCCAGGGUUUGCCUGUGGUAGGUUAUAGCACUGACACCAAAAGGGAGAUCACACUGGACGGAGAUUUGAUGAUUGGCGGCCUGUUCCCUGUGCACCAGAAGGGUGAGGGAGCAGAGGACUGUGGGAAGAUCAAUGCUCAGAGAGGGAUCCAGAGACUGGAGGCCAUGCUGCUGGCACUAGAUGAAAUCAACAAGAAUGAGCGCAUCCUGCCUGGGAUCAGACUGGGAGCUCACAUACUGGACACUUGCUCUAAGGACACCUACGCUCUAGAGCAGUCUCUGGAGUUUGUCAGGGCCUCCCUCACCAAAGUGGAUGACAGUGAGUACACGUGCCCCGAUGGCUCCUAUGCCAUCCACGAUGACGUCCCUCUGGCUAUCUCCGGGGUGAUAGGAGGCUCCUACAGUGAUGUCUCCAUUCAGGUGGCCAACCUGUUGCGACUCUUCCAAAUCCCUCAGAUCAGCUAUGCCUCCACCAGUGCCAAGCUCAGUGACAAGACCCGCUAUGACUUCUUUGCCCGCACCGUGCCCCCUGACUUCUACCAGGCCAAGGCCAUGGCAGAGAUCCUGCGUUACUUCAACUGGACCUACGUAUCGACGGUGGCCUCAGAAGGGGACUACGGUGAGACUGGCAUUGAUGCCUUCCAGCAGGAGGCUCGUGCCCGCCAGAUCUGCAUUGCCACUUCCGCCAAGGUGAGCCGCUCCAUGAGCCGCUGGAGUUACGAGAACGUGAUCCGCUCCCUGCAGCAGAAGUCCAACGCCAAGGUGGUCAUCCUGUUCACGCGCAGCGAAGACGCCCGCGAGCUGCUGGUGGCCGCCAACCGCAUGAAUGUCAGCUUCACCUGGGUGGCCAGUGAUGGAUGGGGAGCGCAGGAGAGCGUGGUGAGAGGCAGUGAGGCUGUGGCCGAUGGGGCGUUCACGAUCGAACUGGCUUCCUAUCCGAUCCCCCAGUUCAAUGACUACUUCACUGCCCUGCACCCGUACAACAACACCAGGAAUCCCUGGUUCAGAGAGUAUUGGGAAAACCAGUUCCAAUGCAGCCUCCAUGAUCUGGGCUGUGGGAAGCACUCUCUGCGCGAGGCUCAGUUUCAGCCAGAAUCCAAGAUCAUGUUUGUAGUGAAUGCUGUCUAUGCAAUGGCUGCUGCUUUACAUAACAUGAGGCAGGCGUUAUGCCCCAACUCCACCAAGGUGUGUGAGGCUCUUAAACCUGGCAACGGCAGAAAGUUUUACAGGGACUACAUUCUCAAAGUCAAGUUUGAGGCGCCAUUUCGUCCACCAGACACAGAGAAUGUAGUCCGCUUUGAUGCCUUCGGGGACAGCCUCGGCCGUUACAAUAUUUUCCACUACCACAAAGAAGAUGGACGCUAUGUCUACCGUAAAGUCGGCUACUGGGCUCAGAGCUUGACCCUGAACACCAGCCAAAUCCCCUGGGCUGGGCUGGUUCCCCCAACCUCCCAGUGUAGUGACCCCUGCAGGAAGAACGAGGUGAAGAGUAUGCAGCCUGGAGAUGUGUGCUGCUGGAUCUGUAUCCCAUGUCAGCCCUACCAGUAUUUGCUGGAUGAGUUCACCUGUGCUGACUGCAGCUUUGGACAGUGGCCCCUGGCCAACCUGACAGGCUGCUAUGAUCUGCCUGAGGAGUACAUCCGCUGGGAAGAUGCCUGGGCCAUUGGACCCGUCACCAUUUCCUUUCUAGGGAUGAUGUGUACGCUCUUCGUCAUAGGCCUCUUCCUUAAACACAAUGAGACACCCGUGGUGAAGGCCAGUGGCCGUGAGCUCUCCUACAUUCUGCUGCUGGGAGUGUUGAUGUGUUAUAGCAUGACCUUCAUCUACAUUGCCAAACCGUCCACGGCAGUUUGUACACUACGUCGACUAGGCUUAGGCACAUCAUUUGCUGUGUGCUACUCAGCCCUCCUAACCAAGACCAACCGCAUCGCUCGGAUCUUCAGCGGGGUGAAGGAUGGAGCACAGCGGCCGCGAUUCAUCAGCCCGGCCUCCCAGGUUGCCAUCUGUGGUGCUCUGAUCUCCUGCCAACUGGUUGUCGUGGUGGUUUGGUUGCUGGUGGAGACCCCAGGGGUGAGAAAGGAAGUGAGUCCUGAGAGGCGAGACGUGGUCACCCUCAAGUGUAACAGCAAGGACUCCAGCAUGCUCAUGUCGCUCACCUACAACUGCAUCCUCAUUAUCCUCUGCACGGUCUACGCCUUCAAGACCCGCAAAUGCCCUGAGAAUUUCAACGAGGCCAAGUUCAUUGGGUUCACCAUGUACACCACCUGCAUCAUCUGGCUGGCUUUCCAGCCUAUUUUCUAUGUGACUGCCAGUGACUACAGGGUGCAGACAACCACCAUGUGCAUCUCUGUCAGUCUGAGUGGGUCGGUGGUGUUGGGCUGCCUCUUCGCUCCAAAGGUCCACAUCAUCCUGUUCCAGCCGCAGAAGAAUGUCAGUACUCUCAGAGUGGCCACCACCCGCUUCAGCGUCACCACUGGCCCAGGCUCCAGUUUCUCUCAAGCAUCAGCCUCCAAUGUUGUUCCAACAGUGUGUAAUGGACGAGAGGUAGUGGACUCCACAACGUCCUCCUUGUGA